UGGCGAUGGGUGGUGCGCUGUGUCCCUCGGACACAGCGCAUCACCGAUCGACAGAAAGAGCCAUUCAUGUGAUCAGCUGUGUCCAAUCACAGCUGAAUGCAUGGGACAUGUACACUGAUCAUCAGGGCACUGAUGAUCAGUGUGCCAGGAUGAUCUGUGUAGCCCCAGUAUUGCCACCUGUCAGUGUCCAUCAAUGCCACCUGCCAGUGCCCAUCAGUGCCACAUCAAUGCCACAUAUCAAUGCCUACCAGAGCACAUCAAUGCCACAUAUCAGUGCCCAUCUGAGCUGACUUUUAGUGUCACCCAUCAGUGCCAGUCAGUGCCACCUAUCAAUGCUGCCAAUCAGUGCCACCUAUCAGUGCUGCCAAUCAGUGCCACCUAUCAGUGUGCAUCAGUGCUACCUAUCAGUGCCCGUCAGUGCUGCCUAACAGUGCCAGUCAGAGCCACCUAACAGUGCCAAUCAGUG